CAGACGCACACAGACGCGUACACGCACCGACACACUCACACGGACGCAUCACCACACCGACACUGCCAUCACCGUCCGGUGCGAGACUACCCAUUUCUCGUUUCUGUCCUAUUUAUUUCAUUUCUCCUUUCCCGACCGUCUUCUUUUCCGCACACUUUUCGCACCACCGGCGACCACGCGUUUUCCGGCCACAGCCCCCGCCAAAUCGCGCACACAUUAGCAAACAACGCACAAGCAACCGCCCCUGAUUUCUUCAACAUGUCGUCCUGGCAAGAUUACGUCGACAAACAUUUACUGGCGUCCAGGUGCGUCACCAAAGCCGCGAUCGCCGGUCACGAUGGCAACGUGUGGGCCAAGUCCGAUGGAUUCGACGUAUCAAAAGAGGAAUUGAGUAAAAUUGCUCUGGGCUUUGAAAAUCAGGAUACAUUAACGUCUUCAGGCAUUACAUUGGCAAGUGUUCGUUAUAUUUAUUUAUCAGGCACUGACAAAGUUAUAAGAGCUAAACAAGGAAAAGUUGGAGCUCAUUGUGUGAAGACACAACAAACUAUUGUUGUAUCAUUAUAUGAAGAUCCGGUUCAACCACAACAGGCUGCUUUGGUAGUUGAAAAACUUGGAGAUCAUUUAGUUGCCCAUGGUUAUUAAAAAAAUUGCAACGAAAAUUAUAACACGGAGUUCAUCAA